UAGCAAGCAAGCAAUCGCUUAACGAGAUGCACGUGUUGCAUAAGAAUAAUUAAUAAUGAUUUAAAGUAGUAUUAUCGUCGAGUCAACGACGUGAAUAACAUUCAUUGAACUUCAAUCAGAGACAUCGAAGAAAUCUAGAAUAACGCACAUUUGAUAACAGCUCGCUUAAGCGUGCGAGGCCCCUUCCACUCAAAAUUAGACCUUGAUUUGAUAAGACAAAGUUCAGUAACGUUGAAGCUUAGUCGAGCUCAACACAUCGCUCUCCUUCGUAUACGCAUGCGUGAGUAAACACACGUAACGGCCCAAGUCUCAUAUCAUCGGUGCUAAGCCAAAAAUAGUUUUGCCCGAGCGUGGCUCCAGUCUUAAACCGGAGAGGAUCGACAAUGAGGCGUUUCACCUUCCACAGGGCCCUGGAUCUGCUCUCGGGCCGUCGCCAAGGCCUCGCAAGGACGAGGAUGCCGAGGCACCAGCCUUCGAGAGCCUUAUCGCGUUACUACGCCAUCGACGAGAACAUCUUCGGGCUAUCGGAGCAGCAACAGGAGCUGAGAAACUUGGUUUUCAAUUUUGCGCAAAAGGAGCUCGCGCCGAAGGCCGCUGACAUCGAUAAGAACAAUUACUUUGACGAUUUCCGACUGUUUUGGAAGGAGCUCGGGAACCUUGGCCUACUGGGUAUAACCGUGAAAGAGGAGUAUGGAGGAAGCGCUGGUGGAUACCUCGACCACAUCGUCAUUAUGGAAGAACUGAGUCGGGCGUCCGGAUCGAUAGCGCUGAGCUACGGCGCUCACUCGAAUCUCUGCGUCAAUCAAAUUCAUCGGAAUGGCAGCGAGGAGCAGAAACAGAAAUACCUGCCAAAACUUUGCAAUGGCGAUCACGUGGGCGCCCUGGCGAUGUCCGAGCCCGGGGCCGGAUCCGACGUUGUUUCCAUGAAACUAAGGGCGGAUAAAAAAGGCGAUCGUUACAUCCUUAACGGCAACAAGUUCUGGAUAACCAAUGGGCCGGAUGCGGACGUCCUGGUCGUGUACGCGAGGACGGAUUCGGGCUCCGGGAAGAAGCAGCACGGUAUCACGGCAUUCAUCGUCGAGAGGGGAACCAAGGGAUUCAGCACGGCGCAGAAGCUCGACAAGCUCGGUAUGCGGGGCUCCAACACCUGCGAGCUCAUUUUCCAGGACUGCGAGAUCCCCGCGGCCAACGUACUCGGACAGGAGAACAGAGGUGUCUACGUACUAUUCAGCGGGCUGGAUUUGGAAAGGCUCGUUUUAUCCGCUGGUCCACUGGGAAUCAUGCAGGCCUGCUGCGAUGUGGCGUUCGAGUACGCGCACACGCGGAAGCAGUUCGGUCGAAACAUCGGCGAAUUUCAACUCAUACAAGGAAAAAUAGCCAACAUGUACAGCAGGUUAAGUUCCAGCAGGUGUUACGUGUACUCGGUGGCGAGGGCCUGCGACAAAGGCCACACGAAUAGGAAAGAUUGCGCCGCUGCUAUUUUGUUGAGCGCCGAGAACGCAACGAAAGCCGCCCUCGAUGCCAUACAAAUACUUGGUGGCAAUGGAUACAUCAACGAUUACCCGACCGGUCGCUACUUGAGGGAUGCGAAAUUGUACGAAAUCGGCGCCGGGACGAGCGAAAUUCGACGGAUGGUGAUUGGCCGAGCCGUUACCGAAGAAUACGCUUAAUGAGUUAUUGCUAUG